GCCACAAUCUGACUUCCUGCCCCAUUCUGAUCCCCUUCACGUGCACGUACAUGUUCAGGAUUUCUGUGUCUGCUGAGAUUAUAACGUUUGGAACGGGUUACUGUGGGACACAAAUGUCUCCCUGAUGUUAAAUAUAUCUAGUAUAAUGUUCUAGCUGAGUGAAGCACACGCUGAUCCACUUUAUUUCACAUUAACGAUCUCAAAAUGUUCUCCAUUUCCACUGUACACCUGCAGCCUGAACUUGUGAGGUUGAGAAAUAACGUUGAAAUAUUACCUGAUGAAUAAUGAAGAUGGGAUUUUAACAGCUGAAUAUUUUGGAACUGUAUUUUAGGAAGGGGAAUGUGUGUGUGUUGAAUUACGAAUGCUGGAAUUUUAUUUUCAAUCAAAAUAGACAAACCCAACGAGCUGCAGAGGAAACUAAUUCAAGUAUUGUUAUUACGAUAUGUUUUUAUUCAGUUUAUGUAAUUCAACAUGCCGUUUUGCCGUGAGGACAUUUGGCACUGUUAUACUUCCAUAAUUUGUAGGAUUUAUAUGAAAUGAUCUUCGUAACCAGCAGAUGAACUGAUUCGGUUCAGAUUAGAGAGAUCAGAAAACAGCUGCACAGAUCAUUCCACAGUCACAUGUCCAUGUGCUCCUCUGAGGUUCCUCUGUGGUUCCUGGGGAGAGAACACUGCUCUUUUGGUGGAGUUUUGAGAGAGGACCUGUACUAGCGUACUCUGAUGGGUUUUGUGGAGCUCCUACACUAAAUGUUGUGAUGCAGAUGUGCUUCUAGAAUAUCAUGUGUAAUAAAUAUCAGGGGAUAUGGUGUCAGUGGAACAUCAUGUACAGCUGAUUAAACUGGCCCAUACCACUGCAGACUAGUAGAUCGAGUAGAUAUAGGAGUGAUGGAGAAGAUGGCCUGAGCCAGUGUUAGUGGGAUAGACUCCGGAUCCACCACAACCCUGACCAGGAAGUUCUCUCUAGUCACUAUUAAGAAUACUUUUAAAAUGAACUGGAUCAAGCACUGUCUUUAUGAGAAUAAUCUCCCACGGUUCUUUGUCCACAAUCUAGUCUUUUAAAAUGUGGAGGUCUUCAUGUUUUACUCAGCUGUGAUUUGAAGUGCACUAAACUCCCAGUUCUUUUCAGAAACUGUGAUCAGAUAUAAAUACAUAUGUAAUUCCUAAUAAAGUCAAAGAAACCCAUUUUAAAAUAAUAAAUAGAUAUUAUCUAUGUAAUGACUUUAUUAGUCAAUUUAAAGAUGGUUAAGUAUAUGUUAACUGUACCAAAUGGUAGCGUAUUUUCCACUGAAUAAAGAUUAUUUACGAUUCUCUAAUGUCAGUACAGAACAAUCUUAAAGCUGUUCAGACUUCUCUUCUGUUCAAAAGAUUCUGAUGUAUUAGAUGUAGGAUCGAUUUUUGAUAUGAGAUGCAGGAAUUUGACUGUUUUAUAGAUUCAGGUGUUUUUCUAUUACUUUGUAUUCCACUACUGUUAUUUCAUUCAUUCAUAAAUAAAUAAAUAAAUAAAUAAAUAAAUAAAUACGCUCACUUCAAUCUCUCUGCCCCGAACGCGCAUGCGCUUUCAUGUCAAUCUUACUCUGACCCGAACGCGCAUACACCAUCACACGCGACAUCAGCUCAAUCCCAUUCUGCCCCGAACUCUGCGGAGUUAGUCCAGUUUUUUAUUUUUUACUGUGCGAUUAUAAACUUCACCUGUUUUACUCCUCACAUCAAGCGGAUUUAUUACCGACUUCACUCUUAUUUCAGUCAGUUAGUGAGGAGCUCCGUUACCCAGCAGACUCCAGUUCUACUUACGGUGUUCUGUUGUUGUUAUUUCCGCUCUAGAGAUGACCCGUGUGAUUGCCCCAGGUGAACCCAUAGACGUGUUCUUACCCCUCACUGACCUGGUGGAGGUGAGUUUUACUGCCAGUGAUGCUGUACAACCAUCAAACCUGCAGAUCUGCACCGUGGACAAGGAGAAGAUCCAGUGCAGUCCAGAUUAUAAAGAGAGAGCGUCUCUCCUCAACACUCUUCAGAUUAAAGAUGGAGACGUCUCUGACAGUGGGAACUACAUAGUACUUCCAGUACUACUUACAGGAUAUCUGGAACAAUGAGAUGGUCCGUGUGAGAGAGGAGACGCUGCGUUUGGACAGUACGUAGGAGAGAUCUAUGCCAGCAUGGGGGACUGCACUGAUGGUGGUGCUGAUGAUCCUGCUCAUCGUAGCAGGGUUAUUGAUGGGUUAUCUGUGGAAAGAAAUGCAGUAGCUCCAUGGAGAAUCUGCAAACACCAGCAGCGCCGAAUGACUGAAAACACCAACGAACACCAGCAGCUCACAAUGAAUGGAGUUGUCAGCCAUUCUCCAGGAGAUGUGCAGAUCUCCGUACAACCUGCUUUUCACUAAGUGUCUGAAUAUGUCCCCUGUCCUCCUCCCUGGGAUUUCUGCUCCAGGGUUAGUGUGAUAUCUCCAGAGAGAGUGGUUGAAUGUUUGUAGGAUUUAUAUGAAAUGAUCUUCGUAACCAGCAGAUGAACUGAUUCGGUUCAGAUUAGAGAGAUCAGAAAACAGCUGCACAGAUCAUUCCACAGUCACAUGUCCAUGUGCUCCUCUGAGGUUCCUCUGUGGUUCCUGGGGAGAGAACACUGCUCUUUUGGUGGAGUUUUGAGAGAGGACCUGUACUAGCGUACUCUGAUGGGUUUUGUGGAGCUCCUACACUAAAUGUUGUGAUGCAGAUGUGCUUCUAGAAUAUCAUGUGUAAUAAAUAUCAGGGGAUAUGGUGUCAGUGGAACAUCAUGUACAGCUGAUUAAACUGGUCCAUACCACUGCAGACUAGUAGAUCGAGUAGAUAUAGGAGUGAUGGAGAAGAUGGCCUGAGCCAGUGUUCGUGGGAUAGACUCCGGAUCCACCACAACCUUGACUAGGAAGUUCUCUCUAGUCCUGAUUAAUAUGGAUUCAUAUGAUUCAGUCUUUUUCUUCUGUAACUCCACCAUAAAACUCUCCUGUUUGCUUUGUGUCCUGAUCUAUAAACACCAUUUUAAUCUGAUUCACUAAAAUCACCUAGAAAUAAAUCUAGAUUCCAAAUAACAACACUAUUAGAUUCUCAGCUAUUUAAUAAAACACAUAUAUAUAUGUCCACAUUUAUAUCCAGAGUUAUUAAAUCAGUAGAAUAUUCCACUUAAACACACUUUGCUGUGCUGAUUAAAGAUGUCAGGAUUAGUUUUAAGAGUGACGAGCAGUAACAUCAUGACACAAGGAACGCCCAUCGUACAGUGUAAAGGGAGUGACGCGGACAUGGACAUGAAGUCUCGCGAUAACAGGCUGCUGCUGUUGUUGUCCCUCUUCCUCGAUAACGACGUUUAAAUCUAGUUUUUAUUUCAUUUUUAGUGAUUUUAACUCUGCGAUUGGAAAGUUGAUGUAUUUUGUUCCUUAUAACAAAAGUAUUUUAUUAUCGACAUCACAGAUAUUGUAGAGUUUUAGAGAUUAGAGCCGGUGUUUGUGUUCUCUAAGUUUCGAGCUAGCGGAGCUGCUGUGUGUGAUCACUGCUGGAGAUCUGUUAUUAUUAUUAUUUCCGCUAACAGAUGUAGCAUGAAGGGUUGGAUCGACACCGGCCAUCAUGCAUCUCUGUGCAGGAGUGAUAUUACUGCUAGUCCCCUGUGUGGUGCUGUCCGUAGACAGACAGAAGGUGUUUGGGAAUCUGCAUGAGUCGGUGUCUCUCCCCUGUACUGUGCAGUGCUCUGGUGAACUGACCUGGACCAGGUUUCAGAAGCAGGACGAUGUUCUGGUCAGGUGUAGCAGCGUCUCGUGCUGGUCUAAAGACGGGUUUAUUCUCUCUUAUGAACAGUACCUGAAGGGGAAUUGCUCCCUGACCAUGCUGAAAGCUGAUUACAGCCUUCGAGGACUCUACAUGGCCAAGUGUGUCUCUGAGACCGUCUGUGAAGUCGUCUUUACAUUGUCCCCUCUAGAGAUGACCCGUGUGAUUGCCCCAGGUGAACCCAUAGACGUACUCUUACCCCUCACUGACCUGGUGGAUGUGAGUUUUACUCCGAGUGAUGCUGUACAACCAUCAAACCUGCAGACCUGCACCGUGGACAAGGAGAAGAUCCAGUGCAGUCCAGAUUAUAAAGAGAGAGCGUCUCUCCUCAACACUCUUCAGAUUAAAGAUGGAGACGUCUCUGACAGUGGGAACUACACAGUACAGGAUAUAGUGAAUGAUGAGAUUUUAGCCAUCGUAACGGUCCAUGUGAGAGAGCCGAGUCCAGACAUCAAGCAGCAGGAAGGUGUACCAGUGUGGGGGAUUGUACUGAUACUGAUACUGAUGCUGCUUGUAUCUGCGUUUGUGUUCCUGUUAGUGAUGUAUGUGCGUCUGAGGAGAGAAAAUGAGCAGCUCCGUGAGAAUGCUGAGAACAACGGACUCCCUCUCCUCCAGCAGAAACACUGUGCACUGAGAGCAGUAGAGAAGACGGAGUGUAGUGCUUAGGGUUUUGGGGGUUUUUAAUGCUUGUACUCUAUAUUCUAAUUCCCCCAGUGUAGAUUUAAACAGCAGUAUCGUUAAUACAGUAGGACUGUAAAUAAUGUUUGUGUUAAUGUUAUUUUCACUAAAACAUCUCACUAAAAUUUAUUGUGUAAAUACUAAAAUUAGCUGAAGAGAGCUAGCGUGAUGUUGACCGCUGUGUGUAAUUACUAAAAUUAGCUGAAGAGAGCUAGCGUUACGCUAAUGCUGUGUGUAAAUACUAAAAUUAGCUGAAGAGAGCUAGCGUUACGCUAAUGCUGUGUGUAAAUACUAAAAUUAGCUGAAGAGAGCUAGCGUGAUGUUGACCGCUGUGUGUAAAUACUAAAAUUAGCUGAAGAGAGCUAGCGUUACGCUAACCGCUGUGUGUAAAUACUAAAAUUAGCUGAAGAGAGCUAGCGUUAUGCUAACCGCUGUGUGAAUACUAAAAUUAGACUAAGAGAGCUAGCGUUAUGCUAACCGCUGUGUGUAAAUACUAAAAUUAGCUGAAGAGAGCUAGCGUUACGCUAACCGCUGUGUGUAAAUACUAAAAUUAGCUGAAGAGAGCUAGCGUUACGCUAACCGCUGUGUGUAAAUACUAAAAUUAGCCAUGUUUACUAGUAAGCGAGCUAACAUAACUAAUAUUAUGACUUUGAGUUUGUUUGUAAAUUCAGUUAUUUAUUCCUAUUUUUCUUCACUCUUUGUUCUGAGAACAGUUUCCAUUAGCAUGACGUCACUGCUCGAGGGAACAUUAGAUGAAAUAUGUGGCAUUAGAACUAGUUACUUGUCCACUUUCUGAUUGUUCUCGAGU